UUCAGUACAGAGUUCUGGGCAUCAGAUCUUACAGCCUAAAGAAGGUUCCCCUUCACACACAAACACAGUCUUUUCUCUUUCUCUCUCCUUCCACCACAAACCAACACAAAGGUGGGAAAAGCCAAUGAAUUCAGAAAUGAAUUGGUGGGAUAAUAACAAUAUACACAAAAUAAAACAAUCCCACAAAAAUUCACAAUGAAAAACCAUUCCUUAAACUUCCUAUUGAUCAUAAUAUUACUAACCUUAUCUCUUGUAAUCGUAUCCAAUGGUGAAAAAAAAUCAAGGAAUGUUGAAUUCAUCAUCAGAAGAAUCUUACAUCAACCAUUGUUCCCGGAAAGCUCAUCGCCACCACCGGGAGCCGAUGAUGGCGGCUCAUCUUCAUUAUUGGCGCCACCUCCACCACCAGCUGAUACUUCCGGGUUCACCCCUGACCAGCCUUUCUUCCCGGAGGUGCCAACCACAAAUCAGAACCCACCACCGCCACCAACACAAACAGCGCCGUCGCUGCCGUCAAAUGGGGUUAAUCCGAUACCAACUGCGACUCAACCACCCACAAAGCCUACCAAGAAAGUGGCAAUUGCAAUCUCGGUGGUAAUAGUAACACUCGGAAUGCUAUCAGGGUUGGCAUUCUACUUGUAUAAACACAGGGGGAGGAACCCUGUUGAGAGUUCUCAGAAGUUAGUCAGUCGUAGCGGCGGCGGCGGCGGUGGCGGUGGUGGAGGAGGUGGUCGGUAUACAGAAGAAUCAAGAGCGCCACCAUCGAAUUUCCUGUAUAUAGGAACAGUUGAGCCUUCUUCAAAUCAGAGAUCAGUUGCGGUCAAUGAAAAUAACAACAACAACAUAGCUAAUGGAUCACCUUACCAUAAACUGAACCAUAUUAAUAAUAAUAAUAAUAAUAAUAAUAAUGAGGUUUUAAUGAAAAGGUCAGAUCGAUAUAGGCCAAGUCCUGAUUUGCAGCCAUUGCCGCCAUUGAGUAGAGCUCCACCAAGAAGUGUGCCACCACCACAGAGGAGUUCGCCGUCGCCGACGGCGACUUUGUCUUCAUCAGAUGAGGAAAGAGGUGAUACUCUGUUUUAUACUCCACAUGGAUCACUUCAUGGAUCAAUUGCUAGUGUUGAUGAUGGGUAUUGGACUCAAGCUACACGUUCAAAUAGUAGUAGAACUAAUAGUGGAAGUUUCUUCCCUCAAUCUAGGAGGACUUCACCGAAAUCAAAGGGUUUUGGUCCAUCAUCUCCUGAUGUUAUCAAACAUGCCAUCAUCCCGUCUAUUAAAGCCGCCGCCACUCCUCCUCCUCCGCCGCCUCCACCACCACCCCCACCAAAAGAGUUUGAAGAAGGAAAGCAAGAAACAAGGUCAAUUUUGCCUAAGAGGGCGAAAUUUGCAGCUCCACCACCACCACCAAAUUUAGCACUCCUUCGAAAAUUCAGCAGUAGUAGUCCUUAUCAUCAGAAUGCUAAACCACAACCACAACAACAACCUCCCCCACCGCCUCCACCACCACCACCACCACGGGCGUCGUUACUGACACCAAGCAAAGUAUGCACUAGUAAGGUUAAUCAAGCAGAAUUGGAAACUCCCAACCUAAGAAAAGAGGCAAUAAAAACAGGGGAAGAAGAGAUUGAUAAUGGAUGCAGUUCUUCUGGAAGGCCUAAUGGGGACGACUUAAGUGAAAGAAGACCAAGGUUGAAGCCACUACAUUGGGAUAAAGUAAGGGCAACCUCAGAUCGAGCUACUGUGUGGGACCAGUUGAAAUCAAGCUCAUUUCAGUUAAAUGAGGAUAUGAUGGAAAGCUUAUUCGGGUGCAAUUCGACUACUGCAGAAAAGAAAGAAACAACUAGAAGAUCAGUUCUUCCUCCUGUUGAGAAAGAGAACCGAGUUUUAGACCCAAAGAAGUCACAGAACAUAGCCAUUCUAUUGAGAGCGUUGAAUGUGACUCGGGAUGAGGUUGCUGAAGCACUUAUGGAUGGUAAUUCAGAAGGCUUGGGGGCAGAGCUAUUUGAGACAUUGGUCAAGAUGGCACCAACCAAGGAAGAGGAAAUAAAACUGAAAGAUUACAAUGGUGAACUCUCAAAACUAGGCGCGGCUGAGAGAUUUCUCAAGGGGAUACUUGAGGUUCCAUUUGCCUUUAAAAGAGUUGAAGCUCUACUAUACAGAGCUAACUUUGACGCGGAAGUGAAAUACCUAACAAAAUCAUUCGAAACCCUUGAGGUCGCAAGUGACGAAUUGAAAAGUAGCAGACUCUUCCUAAAACUCCUAGAAGCUGUUCUACAGACAGGAAACAGGAUGAAUGCAGGAACAAAUCGUGGAGAUAUGAAGGCAUUUAAACUCGAUACUCUCUUAAAACUAGUAGACAUCAAAGGAACAGAUGGAAAAACUACACUACUCCACUUUGUUGUCCAAGAAAUCAUCAAAUCCGAAGGCUUAGGUUCUUCUGAUGUAAACAACCCUCAGACAGUUCAUCAUCAACUAAGCUCCACAAAGAAGGAAGAAGAGUUCAGAAAACAAGGUCUGCAAAUUGUAUCAGGGUUAAGUAGAGAGCUAGGUAGUGUUAAAGGUGCAGCUGGGAUGGACUCAGAUGUGUUAAGUAGCUACGUGUCGAAGCUAGAAAUGGGGCUCGAAAAGGUCAAGUUAGUAUCACAGCUUGAGAAACCAGAUAUGAUGAAAGGUAGAUUCUUUGAAUCAAUGAAGAAGUUUCUUAAAGAAUCAGAAGAGAAGAUUGCAAGAGUUAAGGCUCAUGAAAGAAGAGCAUUGGCUCAUGUUAGAGAAGUGACUCAGUACUUUCAUGGGGAUACAGCUAAAGAAGAAGCACACCCAUUCAGAAUCUUCUUAGUUGUGAGAGAUUUUCUCUCUGUAUUGGAUAAUGUGUGUAAGGAAGUUGGAACAAUGGAGAGUAGAAGUGUAGUGGGAAAUGCUAGAUCAUUUCGAAUAUCAGUACCAGUUCUUAAUAAGUAUAAUGCUAAACGAGAUGAGAGUUCUGGAGAUGAAAGUAUGUCCUCAUGAAAAAAAUACCCAGAUAUGAAAAUGGGUCAAUAAUUGAUUAAUUUCAGCAUUUUGGAGGAUUAGUGGGAAGAAGAAGAAGAAGAAGAAUUAUACUGUAGUCAACUUAGUCUAUUCAUACAGUUUGAUAUUUGAUUUGAAUAUAGUUUUUGGCUCCUACUCCAUGUAAAAUCCAGUGAUACUUUAAGGUUUAAUAUCAUUAUUAUUAAUUUUAUUCUACCAAUAAAUGAUUAAGUGAUGCAAGAUUUCUUACAAUUUGUACAAUAUAUAAUCAUAAAAGGUUGUCUGGGCCUGAGUUUUAAUUUAUUAGCAA